AUGAAUUUACUGAAGAAAGAAAAUGAGCUGCAUCGAAUCGAUCAAGAAAGGCGAACGGUGGAAAGGUUCAAGGAAACUCUGGUAUCUCGGGAAAGGGCUGCCGAGAAAAAGCUGCAAGAAGAGCUCAAAAGAGCACGCGAACAAAACAGAGUGCAUAUGGCGCAGAUGGUUUCUGAGUGGAAUCAAAAAGAAGCAGCAUUGGUCAAAAGAUGCGAUGCCGUGUGGGCCAGAAUACGUGAAAUUUCAGAAAAGCAGGAGCUUGAACAGGUUAAAAAAUUUGAGAACGAAGAAUUGAGGAAGAAAUUAGGAAGGCAAGAAACAUCCAUUAGCAAUCUCAAAAAACAGCUGAAAUUAGUGGAGGAGUCAGCGGCGAUACGUAUAAACGAUCUCAAAUUUCACCAUCGAUUAACUGUAAGACAUUUUUUUGACCGUUGCAAUCUGUUACCACUAGCGGACUUAGAGUCCGUCUCAACGUCGACUCCUUCCGAAUCCUCAUUCGAACAAAAUUUUCGCGAUCGAAUGAAUGCAAUUGAACUUUCGAAACAGGUUAAGCUUAAAAUUGGCGUCGCGCUUGUACUGUGGUUGACUGGGAUGAGCGUUUGUAUCACUGUUAGAAAGUGA